UAAUAGAUGUGACCCUUUUUCAUUCCAAUUCCCAGUACUAUUCCAGCACGUGUAGCAUGCCAUGGAGCAACCCUCAGUCUUGUUCCUCCUGUCACCUGAACCAAAUCAUUCCUAAACAAAAUCGGAGACUGAACGGACCACCUGAAUAUACAAAUUCUCAGCAAUAUCUCAGCAUCAUGUCGAAAUAUCUUCCCAGAAAGGGCCCAGCUAUUUUCUCGAAGCUUGGCAAGUGGGCCUACAACAUGUCCGGUUUCAACCAGUACGGUCUUCAUCGCGACGACUGCCUGUACGAGAACGAGGAUGUCACGGAAGCCAUUCGCCGGCUGCCUCGGAAGUUGUACGAUGAGCGCAACUACCGCAUCAUGCGCGCCCUCCACCUCUCGAUGACCAAGACCAUCCUGCCCAAGGAGCAGUGGACCCAGUACGAGGAGGACGUCAAGUACUUGGAGCCCUAUCUGAACGAGGUGAUCAAGGAGCGGGAGGAGCGUCAGAACUGGGAAAGGAGCCAGUAAUUCUACAAGAUAUUCAUGAAUGUGCUAGCUGCAUCCUACUAUAAAUGAAAGCUCUAAGAAA